UAAAUAUUUUUUUGGGUUUGGAGAUGUAAAAUCAAACAUCAAGAUAUAUUAUUAAUUAACUAUACGCAAACAAUCCUAUGAAAUUCGCCAAACAAACAGACGAUAUAUCAAAUAGGGAGAAGUACACUACAAACAAUCGAGUAUAUCGAAACGCGAUGAGCCCCAGGAAAUAUCGUCUAAACGCUUAUCAGGUUUGCAUAAAUAUUCUGAAAGCGAGACAUUUGCCCCAAAAUGCAAAUUCAAGGGUGGUGGUUAAAGUGGGGAAGAAGAGGAAAAAGACCGUGAUUCGCAAAAAAACGGAUUCUCCAAUCUUCAACGAGGUGAAACCGAAAAGAAGAACCUCUUCGUUCCCUAAGAAACUUCAUCGGAUUCUUCCCUAUUUAUUAAAUUCUUUAAAUUAUUACUUACAGUACUUCGUGUUCGAUUUCUUAUGCGACUUGGACGAACUUUUGAGCACUAAAAUUAUGAUAGCCGUGCACGUGAAAACUUUUCUACGUUACAAAUUUCACGGAAACGCGACUUUCGAAAUUGCUCUAGUCUGGGAUCAACCAGGUGAUGCGCAAAAUUACUCGAUUUUUACCAUGAUUAAAUUGCCAUGAUAGAUUCUGAUAUUAAAAUAAUUGGAAAGCGCGAAUGAUAAAAUGGAUUAAAAUCGAUACAGAUCGUCAAUAUUUUCACAAAUGGGCAAUGUUGACAAAUCCGAAGGAUCUUUCCGCGGGGCCGAAAGGCUACGUUAAAUGUAAUAUAGCGAUUAAUGUAAAGGGAGAGAAAAUGAAAGUGCAUCCGGAGACGGAGGGCGAGGACGACAUCGAGGGGUAAUUCUUUCAUUCUUUUUCUUCCUUUCUUUUUUUUUUUUUUUAAAACUAUACUGCGAUAUCACUUAUUAAUUACAAGAUAUUAAUAAUUUUCGAAUGGAGGAGGAAACUUUGCACGUACUUCAGAAUCGAAUUAAAAAUUAGUGGACCUUUUACCGGACAUUAAUAUUGUUCGUCAGAAUCGAUACCUGUCCGACCAACUUUAAUAUAACCCCAUUAAAAACUGCUCUAAUAUUUAUUGCAUUAAAAUUCAAACCUUCUUCUUUUUCAAAGACACCGUCUUAUUUCCAAUUUACAUUUUAAACUGUCAUCCCGUGACACUCGUAUAUAAAAUUAUGUUGGAAAAUAUUAAUCGAAAAAAAAAAAAAAAUUACUCGAAUAAUAAUCGUCAAAUUUGAAUCGUCCAUUUUUUCAAUCUCAAAUCGAAUAUCGAUAUUGUAAUGGAAAAAAAAAAAAAAAUACGAGAUAUUGAUCGCAUAGAUUUCAAAAUUCUCGAUGAUCUAUAAUAUCACUUUUAACCGUUCAUUUACAUACAU